AUGUCGAAUUUAGUUGAAAAAACUGGUUUCAACCAUCUUGGUUUAUCUUCAUGCCAAAAGGAAAAAAAUGUGGAAAAAAACGAGUACUUGGAAAAGAAUAAUUCAAAUGAAGAGAUAUAUGGGAAUAAAAUUCAAGAUGAUGGGGUGAACUCAAAAACUGUUUCUGCCCCCUUAAAUAAUGAUUUACUUAUAACUAAUGAUAAUGAAAAGGUGUUUACAGAUACUUUGGAGCAAAGCGAAUUGGAAAUGAAACUUAAGAAGUUACUAGAGGCGACGAAUCAGUACUCGUAUCUCUUAUCUGGUGAAACCAAGAAUUCUAAGCAUUUGGGAUCCAAUUCUAAACCUGGAUCAUCAGGGAGGCAACACUUUAUUAGUGAAAAAGAGGAAGACGAUAUUCUUAUUAAAGAAGUCGAAGACGACGGCUCUCAAAACGAAGAUAGAGAAAUCAAUUACUCUCUGGAAAAAGUAACUGAACAGCCAGAUUGUAUUACUGGUAAGAUGAAAUUUUAUCAAUUAGAAGGUUUAAAUUGGUUGUUUCAACUUUACAAACAUAAUAUUAAUGGAAUUUUGGCGGAUGAAAUGGGAUUAGGUAAAACUUUGCAGACUAUAUCAAUAUUGGGAUUCUUAAAAAGUACAUUCAAGGUUGAGGGCCCUCAUAUUAUCUUGACACCAAGGUCUACUUUGGAUAACUGGUUUUGUGAAUUGAAUAGGUGGUGCCCAUCUCUACGUGUUGUUAAACUACAUGGAGAUCGUCAGCUCAGAGACGAGAUUUUCUCAAAGCUACUUUUCCCUGGAAGCAAAGUUUAUGCUAGCACCGUAUAUUUCAACGAAUCAAACGAAUUGGUUGAAGAUGAGGAAAAUGAUGUUGAUUUGUAUCGGAAUUCAGAAGAUAGGCCAACUUUUGCUAAUUUUGAAUUCACCGAUGGGAAUUUGCAAUAUAAUAUCUGUUUGACUACUUUUGAAAUGGCAAUUAAAGAAAAGUGGAGACUUCAAAAGAUCAAUUGGAAAUACUGUAUUCUAGAUGAGGCUCACCGUAUAAAAAACGAGAAAUCUCUAUUAUCAGAGGUUGUAAGACUUCUUAAAUCAAAAAAUAGGCUUCUUAUUACAGGAACCCCUCUUCAAAAUAACCUGAAAGAACUAUGGUCUUUGCUAAAUUUCUUAAUGCCAAAUUUAUUUUCUUCUUCAGAAGAUUUCGAAUCUCUUUUUGACUUUUCAAAACUAGAUUCAGAUGAUAAACAGAAAUGUGUGAUAAAAACAUUACAUCGGAUAUUGCGUCCAUUUAUGCUUAGAAGACUCAAAGUUGACGUUGAGAGAGACCUUCCACCAAAAAGAGAGCUUUAUGUAUAUAUUGGUCUAUCAAAACUCCAGAAGAAAAUCUACUCUGAGCUUUUGACAAGAAAUUUAGAUGUGCUGAACAGCGCUAGCUCUAAUAAAACUCAAAUGCUUAAUUUACUUAUGCAACUUCGAAAAACUUGUAACCACCCAUACCUAUUUGAUGGGGUAGAGCCUGGCCCCCCAUAUGUUGAAGGCUUUCACAUGGUUGAGGCAAGUGGAAAAAUGGUUCUUCUCCACAAAUUACUUCCAAAACUCUUUUCUCAAGGUAGUAGAGUAUUAUUGUUUUCUCAAAUGACCAGAUUGCUUGAUAUUAUUGAUGACUAUCUUCGUUGGUGUGGUUAUCCCUAUUGUAGAAUUGACGGAUCGACGCCUGGAAUAGAGAGACAAGAAAGAAUAGAUAUAUUUAAUAAGGAAGGAAGUGAUAAAAUUAUUUUCUUAUUAUCAACGAGAGCUGGUGGAAUCGGGAUAAAUUUGGCAACUGCAGAUGUAGUUAUAUUAUUUGAUUCAGAUUUCAAUCCUCAGAUGGACUUGCAAGCUAUGGAUAGAGCGCAUAGAAUAGGACAAAAAAAACCAGUGACUGUGUAUAGGUUUGUCACAGAAAAGACUGUUGAAGAAAGGAUUGUUGAGCGUGCAGCAAAAAAACUUAAAUUAGACUCACUGAUUAUCCAACAAGGUCUUAUUUCGAAAGCUUCUAACUCCGCUCCAGAUAAUAGGGAACUGCAUGAAAUGAUUCAAUUUGGUGCACAAGAAGUAUAUCACACCAGGGACUCUUCCUCAGUGACUGAUGAAGACAUUGAUACAAUCCUAGCAGCAGCGCAAGAAAGAACAAAUGAGAUGAAUGCGAAAAUGAAAAAACUGUCUUCGGAGCUUGAUCUCCAGAAUCUAAGACUAGAUGGAGGAAUCCGAACUUCUAUGCACCCCGAAGUCAAAGAUAAUGAAUUAAAAUCAAUUGAAGAUCCAAAAGCAAAGGAUAUGCCAUUAAUACAAACAGAUAUCACCUGGUUUGAUCUUGGUGAACGAAAGACUAAGUGGAAGCUUGAAACAUCGUCAAACAAUACAGCAACAGUCAGAAAACAGCCAAAACCCAAACUUAUUGGAUGGAGGGCGCAAGUUGGUGGCGGAUAUGAUCACCAAUUUUUUAAUGCAAAACGUCUAGAUGAGCUUGAAGAAAUCGAAAAAAAAUGGAACGAAUAUUUAAAGGAGAAUGAAACCAAACAUAAUACAAAUUCAAGUGAUGAAAAUUUAGAGGAUAUUUUCUCUGUACCACCGGAACUUAAGGAGUUAAACCAGAAUCAAUUAGUUCGCCUUCUUGAUGUUGCAGAAGAACACAUGGGCGUUUCAAUCGAUAAAAGUUCCUGGCCUAAAAAGAAACUUUUCUCAAGAGCAAAAGAACUUUUCUCAUCUGGGUUUGUCCUUCCUAGAUGUAAUUUCAAAGAAGCUCUUACUGAUCUUAGGCUCAUGUUCAGUGACGGGAGAGCAUGGGAUAUUCAUAUCCCAUGCGCCAGACAAAGAAGUAAAAAAAAGACGAAUAAAGAUUGCAAUUCAAAAAAUAAUAAGACCCCAAAAGUUUUUACUGAAUUAAUGAAACAGGAGAAGAUGGAGCUUAUUUCUCAAGGGUUCCCCAACUGGACAAAAGGUGAUUUCCAACGUUUUUGCAGGGCAGCUGAACUAUACGGUUCAGAUUUACAUUCUAUUGCUGAAUUAAUGGAAAAUAAGAGCUAUGAGGAAGUAAGCAGGUAUUAUCAUGUAUUUUUUAAAAGGUAUAAGGAACUUCCUUCUGGUGAGAGAAUUAUGGGUAGAAUUAAAAUGACAGAAAAAAUCCAAAAUUGGUUUUCCGAUGCAAACAAUGCUAUAAAAUAUAUUGUUCAUGAACAAAUAAAGAAAAAUAAAAUUAAAAAACUCUCACUCGACAAUAUUUUCUUUCCAUUUAAAGUAAAAAACACUAGUAAUAAAUUUGAAUCAUUUAACCAUUUACAAGACAAUGCACUACUAAUUGCAAUGUAUAAAUUGGGUGUUCAAUCUUACAAUGAUGUUGCAAUAUCCUUCAAAUAUUUACUAAAUUCCAUAACAUCCGUUAAUUCACUUUAUUCUUCUCACUACUCUAUCGAAUUUAUCACCGAAAGAUGUAACGAAAUUUCUAAAGCUGCAAUAAAUUACUACAAAAAAUGCUCUCAGAAACAAAUUAAACCAAAUAAAUCGGCAAUAUCUAAAUCGGAUACUCAAAAAAAAAAAGCAAAAAACUCUAAUAAGGUUUCAAACUUCAAUAAAAAAAAAAUUAAAAAAAUACAAGAUACAGAAUCAGAUAAUACAGAUAGCAACUAUAACUCAGAAGAGAGCUUGGAAGAGAGCUCAGAAAAGAGUUCAGAAAUAGAUUUUGAAGACCAAGAAGAAUUUAAUACAGAUGAUGAAAAAGUCCAACAUAAUUCAAGGAAGAAAAGAUCUAAUGAUACUAAAAGGAAAAAUAACAAAUUUUCAAAAAGAAAAAAAUUAAAUUAG